GUUUGUAAAUAUUGAGGGUGUUGGGUUGUUCAAGAUUGUAAAACUGAAUUUCACGUGUGUUUUAAUGCAGAUCAAUAAUGUGCCCUAUUUAGUUAAGUGGAACUAGCAAUGUAGGGACAAGAAAUGAAUGCUGCAAAUAUGAGCGCGCACAUAAUGUGUUUGACGUCCGGCGGUGGACUACCUUUGUUUUCAAGGAAAAAAGGAGAGGGUGAAUCUCUUCCGUUUCCAGUUGUGGCCUCACUAAAUGGUGUUCACAUGUUUGGAAAAUGCCACAAAAUGAUGCUUCAGAGUACCUCUUCAUCAGACAUGACAGUUGUGUGGCAUGAAGCAGAGGAAAGUGUCAUCCUCAUAGCAGCAGCACAUGGUGCAACUGAAGACCUCUUACAGAAAUUGCUUUCCCUGGUGCAUAGUACAAUGAUUUUUACAGUUGGCGCAGAGGAGAUAAAGUCACCACGUAAUAUUGAAAGACUGAAGAAGGACCUGAGGGUAUGCUACCCCAUUCUGGACAAAUUACUGAAUGGAUUGGAGGGUGGGACUGAUUUAUUAGGCCUCCAUGAGGUUAUUCUUUGUCCAGAGAAUCAACUACUCCAGGGAAUUUUAGAUGCCUUCUGUGAGUGUGUCGGUUCCUCCUAUGGAGUUCUCAUGAUUCGUGGUUGUGUGUCAGUUGCCACAUCCAGUUGGUGGUCAUUGGCACCAGUAGAAAGGCAGUUGCUGGUUCUUCUGCUGCAGUGUGGUAAUGAACAUACUGUGGCUCAUGAUGUUCCAGUCUUCCUGCCAGUUAAAAGUCCACAUGUUGCCUAUCGUGUUGUGUCCUGUCUCUUGACGUCUGAUGUGGAGGUGUGUGUGCUGUGUGGACCAACUCCAGGCCUCAGUGAGGUUGAGCGCGCAGCUGCACAGUGCUGGAGGAGUGCCAUUGACUUGUUGCGCAAUGCUCAACAGUCCUUUUCUUUUGAUUCUGGAGUUGCUGGUGUUCUAUUAGUUGAUCUGGAAAUGGGAAAGUUCAUGUUGAAUCGCACACCUGGAAUGAAGCGUAUGGAUAUGCUGCAUACAUUCUAUCAGCAUACUGUGAGCUCUAGUGUUUCUCAUGCUUUGGAGAGUUACUGGUGUUCAGAAUAUCAUAAAUGUCACUCAUUGCGAUCUGGUAACAACUUACUUUGUGUUAUGUACUCAGCAACUGUCCCAAACGUCACCAUGAGGAUUCUAUCCAAGAAGAUUCUGAAAAUGAUUCUAUCGGACAAGCAACUAUGCUGCUAGAAAUGGAUCCAACUGCUUCUGGGCUGCCAGUAACAAGGAAGUGGAGAUGUAUUACACCAGCAGAUGAGGAGAGUUAUGCUACUAUCUGAACUACUACCUAAAUAAAAGUGACUCCAGUUCUUAUGAUGUCUCUCCUGCAUCUGACGAUGAGCCAGCUUACAAUCCCCAAGAGUCAAGAUCCUCUCUGGAUUUAAAUGGCCACUGCAGGGUCUAGCUGGCCAAUACUGCAGCAGUUUAUGCAGCAAUGUGUCCUGUUUGCUAUAGACAGCCCAGCAAGCACUCAUGUAGUGACAUCAUACAGACGUAUUAUUACACUAGUGGUGUUUGGCACACUGGUGACCUGAGCCAUACUUCAGCAUAGUUUUCAUCAGAUCACCAGUGGGCUGGUAUGAAAUACAGUUCCUCCUAAACCAGUGGACUGAUUUCAACCAAACUUGGUAUAUAUGCCACUUAUU